AGCGCUCUUGGCGGGUCGAGGCUGGCGUCAUGGCCGACCCUGCAGGUGGCGUGCAGGGCUCCCUGCUGCAGCUGCAGGAGUCCUUGUCCGCUGCUGACCGUUGCGGCGCCGCGUUGGCCAGUCACCAGCUGAUUCGGGGCCUGGGGCAGGAGUGCGUGCUGAGCGCCGGGCCCGCCGUGCUGGCAUUACAGACUUCCUUAGUCUUUUCCAAAGAUUUCGGUUUGCUUGUGUUUGUUCGGAAAUCACUUAGCAUUGAUGAAUUUCGUGAUUGUCGAGAAGAAAUCCUAAAAUUUUUAUGUAUUUUCUUAGAAAAAAUUGGCCAGAAGAUCACACCUUAUUCUCUUGAUAUUAAGAAUACUUGUACCAGUGUUUAUACAAAAGAUAAAGCUGCUAAAUGUAAGAUUCCAGCCCUUGAACUUCUUAUUAAGUUACUUCAGACUUUGAGAAGUUCUAGACUCAUGGAUGAAUUUAGAGUUGGGGAAUUAUUUAGCAAAUUCUAUGGAGAACUUGCAUUGAAAACAAAAAUACCAGAUACAGUUUUAGAAAAAAUAUAUGAGCUCUUAGGAGUAUUAGGGGAAGUUCAUCCUAGCGAGAUGAUAAAUAAUUCAGAAAAACUGUUCCGGGCUUUUCUGGGUGAGCUUAAGACCCAGAUGACAUCAGCAGUAAGAGAGCCCAAACUACCUGUUGUAGCAGGAUGUUUGAAGGGAUUGUCAUCACUUAUGUGCAACUUCACUAAAUCCAUGGAAGAAGAUCCCCAGACUUCAAGGGAGAUUUUUGAUUUUGCAUUAAAGGCAAUUCAUCCUCAGAUUGAUCUGAAGAGAUAUGCAGUGCCCUUAGCUGGCUUAUACUUAUUUACCCUGCACGCAUCUCAAUUUAGCACCUGCCUUCUGGACAACUACGUUUCUUUAUUUGAAGUCAUGUCAAAAUGGUGCAGCCACACAAACGUAGAAUUGAAAAAAGCUGCACAUUCAGCUCUGGACUCUUUUCUGAAACAGGUUUCUUUUCUGGUGGCAAAAGAUGCAGAAAUGCAUAAAAGUAAGCUGCAGUACUUCAUGGAACAAUUCUAUGGAAUCAUCAGGAACAUGGAUUCAAACAGCAAGGAUUUAUCCAUUGCGAUUCGUGGAUAUGGACUUUUUGCAGGACCUUGCAAGGUCAUAAAUGCAAAAGAUGUUGACUUCAUGUAUGUAGAGCUCAUUCAACGCUGCAAGCAGCUGUUCCUCACCCAGAUGGACACUAUUGAUGACCACAUUUACCAGAUGCCAAGCUUCCUCCAGUCUAUUGCAAGUGUCUUGCUUUACCUGGAUACAGUCCCUGAGGUGUAUACUUCAGUUCUGGAACAUCUCAUGGUGAUACAGAUAGACAGUUUCCCACAGUAUAGUCCAAAAAUGCAGUUGGUAUGUUGUAAAGCCAUAGUGAAAGUUUUCCUAGCCUUAGCAGAAAAAGGACCAGUUCUCUGGAAUUGCAUUAAUACUGUGGUGCAUCAGAGUUUAAUCAGAAUAUGUUCUAAAGCAGUGAUCCUUCAAAAGGGUGCUGAGUCUGAAUUGGAAGACCAUCGUGCAUCAGGGGAAGUUAGAACUGGCAAAUGGAAAGUACCCACAUACAAAGACUAUUUGGAUCUUUUUAGAAAUCUUCUGAGCUGUGACCAGAUAAUGGAUUCUGUUUUAGCAGAUGAAGCAUUUUUCUUUGUGAAUUCCUCCCUUCAAAGACUGAAUCGCUUGCUAUAUGAUGAAUUUGUAAAAUCUGUUUUGAAGAUUGUUGACAAAUUGGAUCUUACACUAAAAAAACAGAAUGUUGGAGAACAAGAGGAUGAAAAUGAACCCACUGGUGUUUGGGUGAUCCCGACUUCAGAUCCAGCUGCUAAUUUGUAUCCUGCUAAACCUAAAGAUUUUUCAGCUUUCAUUAACCUGGUGGAAUUUUGCAGAGAGAUUCUUCCUGAGAAACAUGUAGAAUUUUUUGAGCCCUGGUUAUACUCAUUUGCAUAUGAAUUAAUAUGUCAGUGUAUACGGUUGCCACUCAUUAGUGGUUUCUACAAAUUGCUUUCUAUUGCUGUGAGUAAUGCCAAGAAAAUAAAAUAUUUUGAGGGAGUUGGUCCUAAGAGUCAGAAACAGUCACCUGAGAACCCAGAAAAGUAUUCUUGCUUCGCUUUAUUUGCAAAAUUUGGUAAAGAGGUAUCAGUUAAAAUGAAGCAAUACAAAGAUGAACUUUUGGCCUCCUGUUUGACCUUUAUUCUAUCCCUGCCACAUGACAUCAUUGAACUUGAUGUUAGAGCCUACGUUCCCGCAUUACAGAUGGCUUUUAAACUGGGCCUGAGCUAUCCCCCACUGGCAGAAGCAGGCUUGCGUGCCCUAGAAGAAUGGUCGGCUCACAUCAGUAAACAAGUAAUCCAGCCCUAUUAUAAGGACAUUCUCCCUAGUCUUGAUGGGUAUUUGAAAACUUCAGCCUUAUCAGGUGAGAACAAGAAUAACUGGGAAGUGUCAGCACUUUCUCGGGCUGCCCAGAGAGGAUUUAAUAAAGUUGUGUUGAAGCAUCUGAAAAGCACAAAGAACAUCUUAUCAAAUGAAGCACUGUCCUUAGAAGAAAUAAGGAUUAGAGUAGUACAAAUGCUUGGCACUCUAGGAGGACAAGUAAGCAAAAAUCUUGUAACAGCUGCAUCCUCAGAUGAAAUGAUGAAGAAAUAUGUAGCAUGGGAUAGAGAAAAAAGACUCAGUUUUUCAGUACCAUUUAUGGAUAUGAAGCCUGUCAUUUACCUGGAUAUAUAUCUGCCUCGGGUUACGGAACUAGCUCUUUCAGCCAGUGACAGACAAACUAAAGUUGCAGCUUGUGAACUUUUACAUAGCAUGGUUAUGUUUAUGUUGGGCAAAGCCACUCAAAUACCUGAAGGUGGUCAGGGUUCCCCACCUAUGUACCAACUCUAUAAGCGAACUUUUCCUGUGCUACUUCGACUUGCAUGUGAUGUAGAUCAGGUGACAAGGCAACUGUUUGAGCCACUGGUUAUGCAGCUGAUUCACUGGUUCACUAACAAUAAGAAAUUUGAAAGCCAGGAUACUGUUGCCUUACUAGAAACGAUAUUGGAUGGAAUUGUGGACCCCAUUGACAGUACUUUGAGAGACUUUUGUGGUCGGUGUAUCCGAGAAUUCCUCAGAUGGUCCAUUAAACAGACAACACCACAGCAGCAGGAGAAAAGUUCAGUAAACACCAAAUCACUUUUCAAGCGACUGUACAGCUUUGCACUUCACCCCAAUGCUUUCAAGAGGCUAGGAGCAUCACUUGCUUUUAAUAAUAUCUACAGGGAAUUCAGGGAAGAAGAGUCUCUGGUAGAACAGUUCGUGUUUGAAGCCUUGGUUACAUAUAUGGAAAGUCUGGCCUUAGCACAUAUGGAUGAGAAAUCCUUAGGUACGCUUCAACAAUGUCAUGAUGCCAUUGAUCACCUAAGGCGUAUCAUUGAAAAGAAGCAUGUUUCUUUAAAUGAAGCAAAAAAACGACGUUGCCCACGAGGAUUUCCACCUGCGGCAUCAUUGUGUUUGUUGGAUGUGGUCCAGUGGCUUUUAGCCAAUUGUGGGAGGCCCCAGACAGAAUGUCGACACAAAUCCAUAGAACUGUUUUAUAAAUUUGUUCCUUUAUUGCCAGGCAACACAACUCCUUCUUUAUGGCUGAAAGACGUUAUCAAGAGAAAAGACGCUUCCUUUCUCAUCAACACAUUUGAGGGGGGAGGAGGGGGCUGCGAUGGGCAGUCAGGCAUCCUGGCUCAGCCCACCCUCUGCCACGUGCAAGGGCCGUUCAGCCUGAGAGCCGCCCUGCAGUGGAUGGACAUGCUGCUGGCGGCGCUGGAGUGCUACAACACCUUCAUCGAAGAGAGAACCUUGGAGGCAUCCGAGGUCCUGGGUACUGAAACACAGUCUUCACUUUGGAAAGCGGUGACGUUCUUUUUAGAAAGCAUUGCUAUGCAUGAUACCAUGGCAGCUACAAAGAGCUUUGGCCCUGGGAUAACAGAUAACAGACUCAGCCCACAAGAGGAAGAAAGAUAUAAUUACAGCAAAUGCACAAUUGUCGUUCGGAUUAUGGAAUUUACCACAACACUGCUCAGACUCUACCCAGAAGGCUGGAAGCUUCUUGAAAAGUAUUUAUGUAACACAAACCUUAUGGAACUCUUGGUGAAAACCUUAUGUGAGCCCUCGAGCAUAGGUUUCAAUAUCAGUGAUGUCCACAUUAUGAAUCACCUUCCUGAUGUUUGUGUGAACCUGAUGAAAGCACUGAAGAAGUCUCCAUACAAAGACAUUCUAGAGAGGAACCUCAAGGAAAAAAUAACAGCACAGAGCUUUGAGGAGCUCUGUGGCAUUGACCUGUAUGGCCCUGAUGCUUACGUGGACAGGGCCAAGUUGUCUUCUUUCGUGUCAGCUUGUAAACAUCUUCAUCGAGCUGGGGUUUUGCAUGAUGUAUUGCCAUCUCAGUCUAUAGAUCAGCAUCAUUAUAUUGGCACAAAGCUUCUUUCCCUGGUUUAUAAAAGCAUCGCUCCUGGACACGAACGACAGUGCCUCCCUUCACUUGACCCCAGUUGUAAGCGAUUGGCCAGUGGACUUCUGGAGUUGGCCUUUGCUUUUGGAGGAUUGUGUGAGUGCCUGGUGAGGCUUCUCCUGGACACAGCAGAGCUGUCCAUGCCGGCCUCAGGAGGGUCCCAGAGGAACAUCGUCAGCUUCUACCACGGAGAGUAUUUCUACAGCUUGUUCUCAGACACCGUCAACACUGAAUUGUUGAAAAAUCUAGAUCUUGCCGUACUGGAGCUCAUGAAAUCAUCUGUAGAUAAUCCCAAAAUGGUGAGCACCGUUUUGAAUGGGAUGUUAGACCAGAGCUUCAGGGAUCGGGCCAGUCAGAAAGACCAAGGACUGAAACUUGUGACUGUAAUUCUGCAAAACUGGAAGAAGUGUGAUUUGUGGUGGGCCAAAGACUCUGCUCCUGAAAGUAAAAUGGCAGUGCUGACCUUGCUGGCAAAAAUUCUGCAGAUUGAUUCAUCGGUGUCUUUUAAUACAAGUCACAGUGCAUUCCCUGAAGUCUUUACAACAUACACUAGUAUACUUGCUGAUUCGAAGUUGGGUCUACAUUUAAAGGGUCAAGCUAUAAUUCUUCUUCCAUUCUUCACCAAUCUUACUGGAGGCAGUCUUGAGAACCUUAAGCAUGUUCUUGAAAAGAUCAUCAUUUCUAAUUUCCCUAUGAAGUCUGAAGAAUUUGCCCCAGGAACUCUGCAGUACAAUAAUUAUGUGGACUUCAUGAAAAAGUUUUUAGAUGCAUUGGAAUUAUCUCAAAGUCCUACAUUAUUGCAGUUGAUGACAGAACUUCUUUGUCGAGAACAACAACACAUUAUGGAAGAUUUAUUUCAAUCCACUUUCAAAAAGAUUGCCAGAAAGAGCUCAUGUGCCACACAAUCCAGCCUUCUGGAAAGUGUAUACAAAAUGUUCAGGAAGGAGGACCUACUUUCAAGUAACACUCGCCAAGCAUUUGUAGACCGUUCUCUUCUCACUCUACUAUGGCACUGUAGCCAGGAUGCUUUGAGAGAAUUUUUUUGCAAAAUUGUGGUGGAUGCCAUUGAUGUGUUGAAGUCCAGAUUUACAAAGCUAAACGAAUCUACCUUUGAUACUCAAAUCACCAAGAAGAUGGGCUAUUAUAAAAUAUUAGAGGUGAUGUAUUCUCGUCUUCCAAAAGAUGAUGUUCACUCUAAGGAAUCCAAAAUUAAUCAAGUUUUUCAUGGCUCCAGUGUAACAGAAGGAAGUGAACUUACAAAGACACUUAUUAAACUGUGCUAUGAUGCGUUUACAGAGAACAUGGCUGGUGAGAAUCAGUUGCUGGAGAGGAGAAGACUGUACCAUUGUGCUGCCUACAACUGUGCCAUUUCUCUUAUCUGCUGUGUCUUUAAUGAAUUAAAAUUUUACCAAGGUUUUCUGUUUAGUGAAAAACCAGAAAAGAACUUGCUUAUCUUUGAAAAUCUGGUAGAUCUGAACCGCUGCUAUACAUUUCCCGUGGAAGUGGAGGUUCCGAUGGAAAGAAAGAAAAAGUACAUUGAAAUUAGGAAAGAAGCCAGGGAAGCAGCAAAUGGGGAUUCAGGUGGUCCUCAUUACAUAUCUUCCUUGUCAUAUUUGGCAGACAGUAGUCUGAGUGAGGAAAUGAGUCAAUUUGACUUCUCAACUGGAGUUCAGAGCUACUCAUACAGUUCCCGAGACCCUAAGUCUACCAUUGGUCAUUUUCGAAGACAGGAGCAUAAAGACCCCACGAUCCAAGAUGAUAUCCUGGAGUUAGAGAUGGAUGAACUCAAUCAACACGAAUGCAUGGCCACCAUGACAGCCCUGAUUAAGCACAUGCAGAGAAAUCAGAUCCUACCUAAAGGAGAAGAGGGUUCAGUGCCAACACAUCUUCCUCCUUGGAUGAAAUUUCUUCAUGACAAACUAGGAAAUCCAUUGGUAUCAUUGAAUAUUCGUCUCUUCUUAGCUAAGCUUAUUAUUAAUACAGAAGAAGUCUUUCGCCCUUAUGCGAAGUACUGGCUCAGCCCCUUGCUGCAGCUGGUUGUUUCUGAAAAUAACGGAGGAGAAGGAAUUCACUAUAUGGUGGUUGAAAUAGUGGUUACAGUUCUUUCAUGGACAGGAAUAGCUACUCCUCUAGGGGUUCCCAAAGAUGAAGUGUUAGCCAAUCGAUUGCUUAAUUUCCUAAUGAAGCAUGUUUUUCAUCAAAAAAGAGCCGUGUUUAGUCACAACCUUGAAAUUAUAAAAACUCUUGUUGAAUGCUGGAAGGAUUGUUUAUCCAUCCCUUACAGGUUAAUAUUCGAAAAGUUUUCCAGGAAAGAUCCUAAUUCUAAAGACAAUUCAGUAGGAAUUCAAUUAUUAGGCAUUGUAAUGGCCAAUAACUUCCCUCCCUAUGACCCAAAAUGUGGCAUAGAGAGUAUAAAAUACUUUCAAGCUUUGGUCAAUAAUAUGUCCUUUGUAAAAUAUAAAGAGGUGUAUGCAGCAGCAGCAGAAGUUCUGGGACUUGUUCUUCAAUAUAUUACUGAGAGAGAAAAUAUACUGGAGGAGUCUGUGUGUGAACUGAUUGUAAAGCAGCUGAAGCAGCAUCAGAAUACAAUGGAGGACAAAUUUAUCGUGUGCUUGAACAAAGCUGUGAAAAACUUCCCUCCACUGGCCGAUAGGUUCAUGAACACCGUGUUCUUCCUGCUGCCAAAAUUUCAUGGUGUGAUGAAGACUCUCUGUCUAGAAGUGGUGCUGUGUCGUUCAGAGGCAAUAACAGAUCUGUACUUGCAGUUGAAGAGCAAGGAUUUCAUUCAAGUCAUGAGACACAGAGAUGAUGAAAGACAAAAAGUGUGUUUAGACAUAAUUUAUAAGAUGAUGGCAAAAUUGAAGCCAGUAGAACUUCGAGAACUUCUGAAUCCUGUUGUAGAAUUCAUUUCUCAUCCUUCUCCGGUGUGUAGGGAACAAAUGUAUAAUAUUCUUAUGUGGAUUCAUGACAAUUAUCGAGAUCCAGAAAGCCAAGCAGAUGAUGACUCCCGGGAAAUAUUUAAGUUGGCAAAAGAUGUAUUGAUUCAGGGAUUAAUCGAUGAGAACCACGGGCUUCAGUUAAUUAUUCGUAAUUUCUGGAGCCAUGAAACUAGAUUACCUUCAAAUACCUUGGACCGGUUAUUGGCACUAAAUUCUUUAUAUACUCCUAAGAUAGAAAUGCACUUUUUAAGUUUAGCAACAGAUUUUCUCCUUGAAAUGACCAGCAUGAGUCCAGAUUAUCUAAACCCUAUGUUUGAGCAUCCUCUGUCAGAAUGCAAAUUUCAGGAAUACACCAUUGAUUCUGACUGGCGUUUUCGAAGUACCGUCCUCACUCCUAUGUUCAUUGAGACUCAGACUUCUCAGAGCGCUCUCCAGACCUGGUCGCAGGAAGGAUCCCUUUCUGUUCAAGGGGCUAUGGCUCGGCAGAUACGGGCCACCCAACAGCAGUAUGAUUUCACACCGACACAAAACACAGAUGGAAGAAGCUCCUUUAACUGGCUGACUGGAAGCAGUAUUGACCCGCUGGUGGAUUAUACGGUUUCUUCAUCAUCUGAUUCCUUGUCUUCCUCCUUACUGUUUGCUCACAAGAGGAGUGAGAAAUUAAAGAUAGCACCCUUGAAGUCAGUGGGACCUGAUUUUGGGAAAAAAAGGCUGGCCCUUCCAGGGGACACGGUGGAUAACAAAGCAAAAGGUACAGAGAGUCGGGUAGAUAUAUUAAGAUUACGGAGACGAUUUUUAAAGGACCAAGAAAAGAUCCAUUUGAUUUAUGCGAAAAAAGGUAUUGCUGAGCAAAAACGAAAGAAGGAGAUCAAGAGUGAGUUCAAAAUGAAGCAGGAUGCCCAAGUCAUUUUGUACAGAAGUUACCGUCAAGGAGACCUUCCCGACAUUCAGAUUAAAUACAGCAGCCUGAUCACCCCCUUGCAAGCUGUGGCCCAGAGAGACCCAAUAAUGGCAAAGCAACUUUUUGGCAGCUUGUUUUCUGCAAUUAUUAAGGAGAUGGAUAAAUACAAGACCGUGUCUGAGAAAAACAACAUUACUCAAAAGUUGCUCCAGGACUUCAAUCAAUUUCUCGCCACCACUUACUCUUUCUUUCCACCUUUUGUCUCCUGUAUCCAGGAAAUCAGUUGUCAACACACAGACUUGCUGAGCCUGGACCCAGCUUCUGUCGGUGCUGGCUGCCUGGCCAGCCUUCAGCAGCCUGUGGGCAUCCGCCUGCUCGAGGAGGCCUUGCUCCACUUGGCACCUCAAGAGCCACCUCCCAAGCGGGUUCGGGGGAGGCCCCGCCUUCCCCCUGAUGUCCUCCGCUGGAUGGAACUUGCUAAGUUGUACAGAUCAAUUGGAGAGUAUGAUGUCCUCCGUGGCAUUUUUAGCAGUGAGAUCGGAACAAAGCCAGUCACGCAGAAUGCACUAUUAGAAGAAGCCAGGAGUGACUAUUCUGCAGCUGCUAAGCAGUAUAACGAGGCUCUCAAUAAACAAGAGUGGGUGGAUGGUGAGCCUACAGAAGCCGAGAAGGAUUUUUGGGAACUUGCAUCCCUUGAUUGUUAUAACCAACUUGCUGAGUGGAAAUCCUUGGCAUAUUGUUCUAUAGUCAGUGUCGACAGUGAGAACCCUCCAGAUCUAAAUAAAAUGUGGAGUGACCCAUUUUAUCAGGAGACCUAUCUACCUUACAUGAUCCGCAGCAAGCUGAAGUUACUGCUUCAAGGAGAGAAUGACCAGUCCCUGCUGACGUUCAUCGAUGAGGCUGUAAAUAAGGAGCUCCAAAAGUCCAUUAUAGAGCUCAAUUAUAGUCAGGAAUUGAGUCUUCUGUAUAUCUUACAAAAUGAUAUUGACAGAGCCAAGUAUUAUAUUGAAAAAUGCAUUCAAAUUUUUAUACAGAACUAUUCUAGUAUUGAUGUGCUUUUACACAGAAGUAGACUUACCAAAUUGCAAUCUGUACAAACUUUAAUUGAAAUUCAGGAAUUCAUCAGCUUUAUAAGCAAACAAGGUCGUGCGUGCGCCGAUGUUAAAGUUCAAGCAACACACAAACACUUAUUCAAUCUGGACGCACGCAAAUCCCGAACUAGCAGGAUCUUCAGUCUAGGAUGUUUCUUUCUCAGCAAAAUAGAGGAGAACUCUCUUCCAGAUGAUCACAGUAUGGACAUAGAUGGGGAUGCAGAUUCCUGUGACAGGAUGGAAGGGCGGGAGCAGGAAGAAGACAUUUGCUCUCUGGUCAAGAGCUGUAAGUUUUCCAUGAAAAUGAAGAUGAUAGAGAGCGCAAGGAAGCAGAACAAUUUCUCACUUGCCUUGAAACUAUUGAAGGACCUGCAUAAAGAAUCAAAAACAAGAGAUGAGUGGCUGGUGAGAUGGGUGCAUAGCUACUGUCGGCUCAGACACAGCCAGAGCCAGACCCAGAAUCGUCCGGAGCAGAUUCUUUCCGUGUUGAAAACAGUCUCUUUGUUGGGUGAGAACACAUCAAGCUACUUAAGCAAAAAUAUUCUGGCUUUCCGUGACCAUAAUGUUCUCUUGGGUACAACUUACCGGAUCAUAGCUAAUGCUCUCAGCAGUGAGCCAAGCUGCCUUGCUGAAAUUGAGGAAAGCAAGGCUAGAAGAAUCUUGGAACUUUCUGGAUCCACUUCAGAGAAUGUAGAAAAGGUGGUCACAGCACUGCACCAGAGAGCAUUUCAUCACCUUUCCGAGGCCACGAGGACAGCUGAGGAGGAAGCCCCUUCCGGCCAGUGCCCGCAGCCCGCAGCUGGGGUGGUAGAUGCUUAUAUGGCGCUGGUGGAUUUCUGUGACCAACGGCUCCGGGAGGAGGAAGAGACUGCAUCAGUUACCGAGUCCGUAGAACUGCAGACAUAUCCUGCCCUUGUGGUGGACAAAAUGUUGAAAGCUUUAAAAUUACACUCCAGUGAAGCCAGGCUGAAGUUUCCCAGGCUGCUGCAGAUUAUAGAGCAGUACCCAGAGGAGACCCUGAGCCUAAUGACAAAAGAGAUUUCUUCCAUUCCUUGCUGGCAGUUCAUUGGCUGGAUCAGCCACAUGCUGGCCUUACUGGACAAGGAGGAGGCCGUGGCCAUCCAGCACACGGUGGAAGAGAUCGCUGACCACUACCCCCAGGCCAUCGUCUACCCGUUCAUAAUAAGCAGUGAAAGCUAUUCCUUCAAAGAUACUUCUGCUGGUCAUAAGAAUAAGGAGUUUGUGGCAAGGAUUAAAAUUAAGUUGGAUCAAGGAGGAGUGGUUCAAGAUUUUAUUAAUGCCCUAGAACAACUCUCUAAUCCAGAAAUGAUCUUUAAGGACUGGACUGAGGAUAUCAAAGUUGAAUUAACAAAAAACCCCGUAAAUAAAAAAACCAUUGAAAAGAUGUAUGAAAGAAUGUAUGCAGCCUUGGGAGACUCAAAGGCUCCAGGCCUUGGGGCUUUUAGAAGGAAGUUUAUUCAGGCUUUUGGAAAAGAAUUUGAUAAACACUUUGGGAAACGAGGUUCGAAGCUACCUGGAAUGAAGCCUCAUGACUUCAAUGACAUUACCAACACACUGCUUUCAAAAAUGCGCGAAGACUCAAAGCCACCUGGGAACCUGAAAGAAUGCUCACCCUGGAUGAGUGACUUCAGAGUGGAAUUCCUAAGAAAUGAGCUGGAGAUUCCUGGUCAGUAUGAUGGCAAAGGAAAGCCAAUGCCAGAAUACCACGCACGGAUCGCGGGCUUUGAUGAGCGGGUGAAAACAAUGGCUUCUAUCAGAAAACCGAAGCGCAUCAUCAUCCGAGGCCAUGAUGAGCGAGACUACCCUUUCCUGGUGAAAGGGGGCGAAGAUCUGCGGCAGGACCAGCGCGUCGAGCAGCUCUUUGAGGUCAUGAACGUCAUCCUCUCCCGAGACGCCGCCUGCAGUCAGAGAAACAUGCAGUUACAGACGUACCACGUCAUCCCCAUGACCUCCAGAUUAGGAUUAAUUGAAUGGAUUGAAAAUACAUUUACCUUAAAGGAACUUCUUUUGAGUAACAUGUCGCAAGAGGAGAAAGCAGCUUAUACAAGUGAUCCCCGAGCCCCACCAUUUGAAUAUAGAGACUGGCUGGCAAAGACGUCGGGAAAGCAGGGCCCUGGCGCUUAUAUGCUGAUGUAUAAGAGAGCUAGUCGUACUGAAGCAGUCACAUCUUUCAGAAAAAGAGAAAGUAAAGUACCAGCUGCUCUCUUGAAGCGCGCCUUUCUGAAGAUGAGCGCCGGCCCGGAGGCCUUCCUGGCGCUCCGCUCCCACUUUGCCAGCUCUCAUGCUCUGAUGUGCAUCAGCCACUGGAUUCUGGGCAUCGGAGACAGACAUCUGAACAAUUUCAUGGUGAACAUGGAGACGGGUGGCAUGAUCGGAAUUGACUUCGGACAUGCCUUCGGAUCAGCUACGCAGUUUCUGCCAGUCCCUGAGCUGAUGCCUUUUCGUCUAACUCGCCAAUUUAUCAAUCUGAUGUUACCAAUGAAAGAAACAGGAGUUAUGUACAGUGUCAUGGUGCACGCACUGAGAGCCUUCCGCUCGCACCCCGACCUGCUCACGACCACCAUGGACGUGUUUGUAAAGGAACCUUCCUUCGACUGGAAAAAUUUUGAACAGAAAAUGCUGAAAAAAGGAGGAUCGUGGAUUCGAGAAAUAAAUGUAACAGAAAAAAAUUGGUAUCCCCGGCAGAAAAUAUAUUAUGCUAAGAGAAAGUUAACAGGUGCCAAUCCAGCAGUUAUUACUUGUGAUGAGUUGUUUCUGGGCCAUGAGAAGGUACCUGCCUUUGAUGACUUUGUUGCUGUCGCACGAGGAAACAAGGAUCACAACGUUCGUGCCCAAGAACCAGAGAGUGGACUUUCGGAAGAGGCUCAAGUGAAGUGCUUGAUUGACCAGGCAACAGACCCCAACAUCCUUGGCAGAACUUGGGAAGGGUGGGAGCCCUGGAUGUGAGGGCUCAGGGAGUCAGCAGGUAAAAAAUGUGAAAGCGUUUAAGCCUGAAAUUAGCCCAUUUUCCUGAAGCACUAAAGAGAAGAAAAGAUCAUGAUGAAUAAGUGAAUAUUGAAAUGAAUGAAUGAUUGGGUUAAGGUUAUCAUAGACGUUUAAUAAAAAAAUGUAUAUCCAGGCUCAUACACGUAUAAAGAUUAUAGCACAUUACAAGUGCUGUGACUUAGACAAAGCAGCUAUCUUAAUAAAUGGUAUCGUGUGAAA